CAAUCCGAGGACGCGGUUAGUCAUGUCGAGAUGACAGAAAAAAAGUUGACAGUAUUUGUUCUGUUGGAAUUAUCCUGAAGAUGGACGCGAUUUCCUCUUUGUGGGACUGCGGCUGUCAAACCCCUCCGGGAGUGCUCCGCUGUUUACUGUCAGCUCGCUGAGAUCACACAGGCCGGGACACAUGAUGCAAACAGAACGGAGAUGAAGGAGCAUGCACAUUUAUACCAAGACUGGUGCGGUUUUAAAUGUUUAUCCUCUGGAAAGGGAUUUUCUUCAUUCAUUGGGAUCAUUUCCACUUCAGCACUGGUUCCUGUGCAGCAACAACACACUGUUAUACGGGUCACAGUAUCUUGUGAACUUUAUCCUCUUGUUAUCGUGCUGACUUGUUAUCAGCUCAUGUUAUGACUUUCCUGCAAAAUGAUGUGGCAGCCGUGGAUGUACUUUGACUGGUCUGGCAUGUGUGAGCUGUAAGAGCCUAAGCAAAACUUCUCGACAGAUUAUUUCUGUGUGUGUGUGUGUGUGUGUGUGUGUGGUGUCAAGGCAGGCUGAUCUUGUGCGAAGGGGUCGUCAUGGAUCACAGAGGUCACCCCCAGCCCGACUCUGGCCCUCGCUCCCACAGAACAAAAGACAGAGAGGACUACUACAGGUAUUCUCAGCAGGACAGGGACCAGAGCUACCCACCACCGAACCCCAGAGAGAGGGACAGGCACUGGGCUCAUCCAGACGCCCGCUUCAGGGCUCAUUUCAGCAGUCCUCCUGCCAGACCGGAGCAGUAUCCUUACAACACUCAGCAGUAUCCGUAUGGCCAUGGCCUUCCUGAACACCAACGACCCCAGUCCAGGCAUGGGUAUGACUAUCCACACCACAGCCACUGGGACUACAGAGACAACUAUGGUUACUAUGACCAUGACCACUAUAGAGGACAGCAUGGGCGACAAGAUGCUGGCCAGUGGGGUCCCCAAGACUCCUGGAGAACGGACCGUUACCACGACAGCACAUACAGGCAGGAACACUCAGGGAGCUCCUACACCGAGGAGUACAGGUAUGACCAAGGGAGAGACGUCUCCCAGCAUUACCUCAAUGACUAUGAGGAUAAUCCCUCCAGGGACAACGAAGAGGUUUCCUCAUAUUACCUGGGGACAUUAGAAAGUUCCAAAAACUCUGGGUUAUCCUCCAGCAGCUAUGAACUGAGUCAGUACAUUAAUGGAGCUGAACACAGUGAGCCUGUCCCGCAGUCUGUUCACACAUCCGAUGCAGAGCAUGGACCUGUGCAUCAGACGUCAGCUCCUCUGAAGUACUCGAUCCCUCACGCCGUUGUCAGCUUUGGGCCUGCAGGCCAGCUGAUACGGGUCACUCCAGGCUUGUCCACACAGGAGAAAGUCAGUCAGCUGGAAUUCCACAGUCUGGAAGUCAUUCUGAGUGACACAAAGGAACAGCAGGAGAUGAGAACCUUCCCAGGGCCCCUAACCAGGGAGGAUUUGCACAAAGUAGAUGCUAUAGAGUUUGCCCACCAGAGGGCAGGCGCCUGCAUCAGAGGCGACAAACUGCAUGAUAAGAGCUCUGCUGCCCUCUUGUGGAAUCUACUGAUACUCCUCUGCAGACAGAAUGGACAAAUAGUUGGCUCAGAUAUCGCAGAGCUGCUGGUGCAGGGCUCACAUUCAGACGGAAGCUGGGAGUCAGAUGCUCCCACGCUCAUUGACUUCAGUGAGGGCACAACUGCUGAAGCACCACCUCGCAAAGGAGAUGACCUGCUCACGGGAAACUGGAGCGGCUUCAGCUCUGAGACCUCUGAGAAGGCCCUGCAGAGCUACACUCAGCUGCUGCUGGCUGGAAGAAAGAAGGAGGCCUUGGAAUUAGCUAUGAGCAGCGGCCUGUGGGGGCAUGCGCUUUUUCUGGCCAGCAAAAUGGACAACAGGUCUUACACCACUGUGCUGAACAGGUUUACAGGCCAGCUAAUGGCCAGUGAUCCCCUCCAGACUCUCUUCCAGCUGCUGUCUGGGAGAAUCCCUGCUGUAGCCAUGUGCUGUGGAAAUGAAAAAUGGGGAGACUGGAGGCCCCAUCUGGCUGUUAUGCUCUCCAAUGAGACAGGAGAUCCUGCCGUCCAACAGAAGGCCAUCGUCACCAUGGGAGACACACUCGCCUCCAAAGGCCUCAUACAUGCCGCCCAUGUGUGCUACCUGACAGCCAGUGUUCCCUUUGGGGCGUUCACACAGAAAGCAGAGAGACUGGUGCUUCUAGGCAGCAGCCACAGGCAGUCCUUUGAAUACUUUGCCACAAACCCUGCCAUCCAGUGCACUGAGUUGUAUGAGUACUGCCAGACACUUGGUGGCAAGUGCUCUUCAAUACCAUCCUUUCAGGUGUAUAAGUUCCUGUAUGCCAGCCGGCUGCUGGACUGUGGGCUUGCGUCUCAGGCCUUUCAUUACUGUGAGGUGGUAGGACAGGCGAUCCUCAGACAGAGGGAGCCUUUCUUUGUGCUGACUGGUGAGGUUAUUAAGCUGUCAGACAGGCUGAGACACUCUGAGGGUCAGUUCAGUGAAGCGGGGGUUAGCGGAGCCGGGCAGGAACCCGACUGGCUGAAACGGCUCCGUGCUAGGCACCACAGCCUACAGACGGGGAGUUACGACUGUACUGAAACAUACCAGCCACCUCAUGAGGGAAGUGUUUUGGCCCACGAGGAUAGCAAAGUGUGCUUAGAAUCUGACUUGGAUGACCUAAACCGUGACAUCCAGAGUCCAGAGCCUGAACUCCUUUAUUACAGAGGCACCGAGGAUCAAGAAAGCCUUGAGCAUCAAGUUGAAGGAAACGCUGAGGAAAUGGCCGCGUUGUCAUGUGACGUUAGCGGAGCUCAGGACUGGCCACACGCCAAUUCUCCAUUGCCAGUAAUGGUGGUUUAUGCUCCCCCAGCGCCCACAGUGGCCGUGAGCCAAGACUUCAGUUAUCAUAACACAGAUAGUGCUGAAGUCAGAACACCACAUUGUCCUCUGAGUAAUCUGCCACCAGCAGCAGAGGGAGCUUGGUCGUCCUCUGGAGCAGGCACAAUGGGGGGCCAGAUGCUGGAAGUCGACAUUAGUCAGCAGGGGCAAGGCCAGCAAAGCAUCCCACAAGGUUUAGAGGCCUCCAGUGAGCCUCCAAUACAGAGCACCAAGGCAGGAUGGUUUAGUGGUUGGUUCAAAUCAAAGCCCAAAGAUGUUCACAAGGAGAGUUCAAAGCAGGGAAGCGAAGCUCAGACAGAGCUACCACCUACUACUGGCUUCUGUCCUCCUCCCCCGCCUGCCAUUGUCUCUCCAGGCAUGUUUCCAUCCCAGCCUUCCUCUGCUGGGAUCAAUCCCUUUUCAAUGAAAGCAGGUCAGCAGCUGGGGUAGAAACCUCUAGCCCGUAUCACAGGAUCACUGACACCGCCCAUGUAAGUGGGGAUAUCACACCACCUACCAUCAACAGUGCCUUCAUGUCUAAUGAGAGCUUCACCUGAGCUUGGAUGCACACCGAUAUGAUCCAUACCCUCCCCACCGCCCACAUUUCUUUUUUAAGGAUGCCCUUUCAAAACCCCCACAGCUUGCCCACCAUCAUGUUGCAUAUUAGAUACAGAAAUACUCUGGAUGAACUGGCAUAGUAACUCAUAUUGCAGCGACUAAAACAGCUGAGAUGUGCUUCCUAAAAGCUGACAGCAGGGAAAUCAGUGGACGCAGGACAUAUUUGGCGAAAGGGAUAUCUUAAUUGACCCCAAUAACCAUUUAUGUAUGAGGGAUUUGACCUGGAGCUUGAGUGUGUGUGGGGGGGGGAAGUUUGGAACCGCAACUAACGUAACUGCCCGCUGAGUAUUUCAUGACUCCCACAGCUCAGGUCACCCGUUAAGUUAUUAUCCGUGCUAUAUGCUGCAAGAGAAUCAGCUAAAUUUGAGAUAUAUUUAGAAGUAUAAAUCCAUCAAUCCCACUGCAUCAUGUUUUUAUGAUAAAAUGUCUAUGCACUUAAACACAAUUAACCAAUAAUCAAAAAUACAUUCAUACAUAAAUGAGAGCCAAACUCAAAUGUAAUCCAAUGCUGUGGUCAAUUAUUAGCCUCACAGAAGCCAUAUUUAAUCUUCCAAGUUGAGUAAGCAGAGUUUGUAAAUUAUGGCACAAAGUGAAGAAUAUCUAAAUAUUUUUUACAUCUGUGAAGUGGAAUAGUUUUAGUUUUAAUUAUAUAUAAGACAUAUACAGAAAAGAAAAAAUGUGUGUGAAUGCGUUCUCCUGUUGUCAUGCUGCCACGAUGGAUGAUACCACAUGGUCGGAGGGGGAGGGGGGGGAUCGGGAAAGACCUCUGCCAGGCAAAUGGCCAACACGACCUACACCCCCAGCCAGCAGACAGGAUCAAACUGUUUAUGCUCUGAUACUAUUUGCAAUGCCUUCAUCUGAGAAAAGGCUUUAUUAGUAGCCUUAUUACAUAAAUGUUUGUGUGAUGACAAAGCUAGUGUAGGAUCUUUAAAAUGUAUAUAAAACACAGUAAUAUAUACUCUUGGAAUACAUUUUAGAAUUGUCACCUUGUAUACGUGUUGAUGCAAUUGAGAUUUUUUUUUUUUUACUUCUGUCAUAUGGCUUUGUGCUUUAUGUAUCAUGUCAAAGCUUUUUUGUACUUCUGUACCAGCACACAAAAUUACCAGUUUAUCAGUGCCACUUUGCCUCAGGGUAGUUUCUCAGUAUUAUAAAAUGUUAAAAUCUGUAUCCAUAGUCUUUAUGUGGUUGUUUUUUUAUGACAUACCACUCUGAUAAUAGCUAAAUAAAAGUCUCAUAUUGAAUAAAUACAUCUUGCCUAGAAA